AAAAUUUUAAAAUUCAAACUCAAAAAGUACAAAAAAAAACUUUAAUUCAAAAAGUAAAAUCUUUGACAAAAUAUCAAAAAAAAUUCAAAACUUAAAUAAAAUGCAAAAUUUCCCUCAAAUUUAACAGUAAAAAAUUCAAUAAAAAAUAAACAAAUUAAAUGUGAAGUUUUGUGAUAAAGCUUUGAAAACAAAUCCCACCAUCUCCUAAAGGCAACAAGAAAAACAGCAAAAAAAAAUACUUUAAAAGGAAAUCAAACCGAGAUGAAAGCAGUGAAAAGCACAAAAAACUUCUGAAGAUUUUUAAAGAUCAAAAGAUAUCAUUGCAAGAUAAAGGAAGACGAGAAGAAAUUGCUUUUGUGAUAAACUUUUGAUGCAACAUCGGAAUCAAGGGCAAUGGAUGAAUCCAUGAUGAAUAACACGAUAGAAUUUUCAUUCUGUCAGAAUGAAUUGGAUGAUUUUCACACUUUUUUCAAUCGAAUCCACUUCAAGCUGAGUCUGUGCAUUUGCAUAUUUGGAUGCAUCACAAACGUCCUUAACUUUAUUGUUUUAACGCGAAAAGAACUAAGGACGCAUAUAAAUUACAUUUUAGCAGCACUCGCUGUUUCAGACUUUCUCGUGAUGCUCGUUUACGUUCCUUAUGCCUUUGACUAUGCAUUUGAUUUGAAUACACGACUGGAGAGACUGACAUACAGCUAUGCACAUUACAUUUAUACCCACGCGAUGCUGAGCCAGACAGCACACACAGUUUCGAUAUUUUUAACAAUAAUUUUAGCCCUUUGGCGCUACGUGUCGGUCUGUCAUCCAAAUAGAAAGAAUUCCAUUAUGAAACGUACAAUGUGGGCGAUUGCAGCGUCAUAUGUGAUAAGUCCAAUUAUUUGUUUGCCUUACUAUAUGACCCUUGGGGUGUUUAGCAGUGAUAUGUAUGUUUAUGCCUACAACAACUCGGAAGUUAAAGGAAAUAUGACGGAUGUUUUACUGAUCAAUGAAGAGACUGGCUUGGAAAUUCGUAAAAUCACAAAAUAUUACGUUCAUACAUCAAAAUUCUAUCAGCAGCACGACAAAGCAUUCUUGUGGGUUUAUUCAGUCAUAAUUAAAUUACUUCCGUGCAUUUUGUUGACUUAUUUUUCACUUCAACUCAUUCGAGCACUUUACGAGGCCAAAAAGAGGAAAGAAAAAUUGAUCGGAAAUCAUCAAAUGUCGGAAAAGUUACUGACCAAGAAGAAGCAAGCUGACCGCACGACUAGAAUGUUGAUUGCUGUUCUCUUGUUAUUCUUGAUUACUGAAUUCCCACAGGGAGUGGCUGGAUUACUCUCGGCGCUUCUUCAUCAUGAUUUUUAUCUUUAUUGCUAUCAGAAAUUGGGUGACUUGAUGGACUUCCUAGCCCUCCUCAAUUCCUCAAUAAACUUCAUCCUUUACUGCACGAUGUCAAGACAAUUCCGCGAAACAUUCUCACUAAUUUUUCUACCCCGAUGGUUCCGAAAGAUUACAAAACGAUUUGGAAAUGGAAGUAGUCAAGGUUUUGUGGAAAUGGACAGCAAUGGCAGACAAAUUGACACGAUGCAUGAGACUCAGAUGACGCAGCUAUAGUUAAGCGUGAUACAUCGAAUGGGAUUUUAGAUUGGAAUUGAAAUGAGAUUUUUUUGCGGGGGUGUAAAUAAAUAAAAAUUUGUAUUGUGUGAAAAUUUUGAAUGCUUUUGUGAAAUUUGUUGUUUAAAUUGUUGAUUGAAAAUAAUGUGAAUGGAUAUAAAAAUAUUUAAAACUGAAAUAAAAGAUUAAAAUUAAGUUAAAUGUGAUUGAUUUCAUUUAACAAUUAGAAAAUGUUUAAAAACUAGAUUUUAAGCCCGUCAAACACAACAAAAUGUAUUGUAAUGAAAAAUUGUAGUUUUUUAGUCUAAAAUAUAAAUUUAAAUAAAUAAUAAAGUUUUGAAAUAUUUUUUGAGACAUUUUAAAAAAUAAAUGGAACCAAUAAAAUUAAUUUAAAAUAAAAAAACUAUUUUAAAAGUCAUGCAAGUCAAUUAUCAUGAGCCCC